CUCCUCUGGAAGUUGCCUUGUUGUAUUUGUGGUCUCUACAAAUCAGCUAUGAAUAUCUUUUUUGACAUCACCCCAUUUUUGCUUCAAGGCGUUCAACGUUCAAGCUCAUACAAACUCUGAGCUCAACUCAACAAGAAAUUAAAAACAAACCUUACAAUAAAUACUCAAAGCCAUGGCCGAGAGAGUGACUACAAAAGAAGCUCUCAAGAAACUCGAUGCUCAACUCGAAUGCUCCCUUUGUCUCGACACUUUCAAGCAACCGAAACUCUUGCCUUGUUUUCAUGUGUUUUGCAAAUCCCCGUGUCUGGAGAAACUAGUGACCAAGGAUGGACGCUCCCUCACUUGUCCCACCUGUCGACACAUUGUCCCACUGUCAGAGAGGGGAGUGGCUGGACUGCAAUCAAACUUCCACAUCGACCACUUGUUUGAGAUACAAGAUGCUUUCAACAAGGCCGAAGACGACAAUGAUACGAACUGUGGCAGCUGUGAGAAUGGCAAAGCCACUGGGUACUGUAACGACUGUGGCGACUUUUUGUGUGACGAGUGUCAAGCUGCUCACAAAAGAGUUAAACUUUCCAGGAAUCAUAAACUAAUUUCGCUGGAUGAACUCAAAGCUCAAGUGACUAGCCUGGUUCCCCCCAAGAAGGCCGUCCCCCAUUGCCCCAAACACUCAGGGAAUGACCUCAAGAUAUACUGCGAUACCUGCUCCACUCUCAUUUGCACGGACUGCACCAUUCGUCUCCACAAAGACCACAACUACGACCUGGUGGCUGAUGUGCUGACCAAGCACAAAGAAGAACUUGUCUCCAGUCUCAAACCAGUCAAAGAGAAGCUGGACAGUGUACAACAAGCUCUGAAGGACUUGGACACAAGAGUCAAGGUAAUCCACGAUCAAAGGGCCACAAUUGAAGCCAACAUCCACAAGGAGAUUGACGAACAACAUCAACUGUUGGACCAACGAAGGGCAGAGCUCGUGGGAGAGCUAGAGAUGCUGACCCAGCAGAAGUUGAAAGAUCUGGCGGCACAGAGGGACCAAGUGGAGAUCACUCAGGUGAAACUGACCAGCUGUCUGGAGUACGCUGAAGGAGGUCUCAAAACAGGCACACACGGUGAAGUGCUCCAAAUAAAAUCUCCCGUUCUCAAGAGAGUCAAACAAAUUUCUACUGAAUUCGAAUCAAAUGCUAUUCAGCCAGAGAGAAAGGCUGACCUGGAACUGAUCACUAAAGGAAAAGAACUGAUCACUAAAGGAAAAGAACCUCUCCAACAAGCUUGUCGAGAUUUCUUAGAGAUUGAACAGUGUGGUUCAUUCAGCUUAGAGAACAGCCACACGACAGGAGAUGGUCUGAAAGGUGCUACAACUGGAGAAACAAAAACUGUAUCCUUUCAAGCAAUGACCAAGAAAAACAAGAAAUCCAAAAACAAACUCAACCUCAAAGCUGAACUGGUGCAUAUCGUUAGCAAAGACAGAUUGAAAUGUGAAGUGAUCGAGCAACAACAUGGCCAACACAAGAUCAACUAUUGCCCUGUGAAACGAGGAAAGCAUGAACUACACAUCACUGUCAAUGGGGACGCAGUACGAGGCAGUCCAUUCCCAAUAGCUGUAGCCCCAUCACCACAGAGCUUCGUCAAGCCUUCCCGAGUUGUACGAGGUUUGAACAGCCCACGAGGCUCUGUCUCCAACAAUAAGGGACAGUUGGUUGUUAUUGAAGGUAAUGGAACUACUGUCUCUAUAUGGACACCAGAGGGUGAGAAGAUACGAAUUUUUGAUCAGAUGAGUAAGGCACUUGCACUGACUGUGGACAAAGACGACAACAUCUAUGUAGUUGAUUCUCAAAACGUGAAUAAGUUCUCAUCUGACGGAGAUUUUGUGAAAGCUGGUGAUAGUAAAGGCAAUGGUAACUUUAAGUUAAUUGACCCACGUGGUAUCUGUUAUAACAGAAGAGACAACAACCUGUAUGUGAUUGAUCACGGUAACUACAAAAUAAAAGUGCUCUCUACUGAACUGAAGUUCGUACGGUGUUUCGGUGGUAUACACAGCUCAUUUCAUGCAACAUUUGAUAGUGCCAACAACCUCUAUGUGACUGAACACGAUAUCCAUCGAGUACAAGUCUUCACUGCUGAAGGUGUGUUCCUGAGAACCUUCUCACAAAAAGCCGACGGUCAGAAGCUGAACUCACCCAAGGCCAUAGCCAUCGACAGCAGUGACACUGUGUACGUCAGUGAGAAUGGACCGCAUCAUGUGAGUGUGUUUACAUCUCAGGGAGCCUACAUCACCACGUUUGGUGGACCAGGAACGAAAGAGGGACAGUUUAAUGGCAUUUAUGGACUCUCUAUUGAUCGCAAUGACUCUGUUGUUGUGUCCGAUCCAGGCAACGGGCGAUUGCAGAUAUUCUAACGAAAUAAGUAGAAAAGUGGACAAAGUAGUAGCUCUGUGUAGAAAUAGUUGGUAGCGUUAUUAUUUUAUUUGGAAUGUGAAAUGAAACUAUUAUCUGUUGUGUUGAUGCAA